GUCGGCGAUAGCGCCCGUUUGCGGCACCAGACGAUCCCUGCUUCCAGAGGGCUUCAAGGCCGAGGCAGGAUUUAUUUUCGUCAUACCACGCUGCUACCGUGACCUGCUGGUCUCUUUGGUGUACUCACGAACAGACUCCGUUCCAGUCCCGCAGGGUCUGUGCCUGCUGAAGGCCGCGAUGACACUGACGGCGGGCGGAGGUCUCUCGCGCGCAAACCUCCCAGCCCUGCUGGCAGUGGUGCUGCUGGCGCUGGCCGAUGGCGUGAUCGUGGCACCCAAGAUGCUGCAUCUGCUGCCCGUGUUGGCUCGCGGAGCCCUCACCUUCGCCGUGAUAUUUUGCAGACUGAAGACCCAUGGGUGGCCACUCAAGCACAAGCUCAAGUUGAGGUCGCUGCAGGCCGAUCAACCUGUCAAGUGCGGUGAGCUCGAGAACGUGUUGGCCGACAUGCGCAAGUAUAUCGUCAAGACAGCCCAGCACUCCCAAGCCAAGCUCGCCUCCGACUUGUCGAAGGUCAAACACUACGAGAUCGAUUUGCACUUGCGCGACCUCGACCGUGGUGUGGCCAAAGUUGAAAGUGAUCAGAAGCAGAUGCGCGAGCAGCUCGAAGACAUACGGAAGCAGCUUCACAUCAUGGAGACCCAAGCCCCCAAAGCCUUCGACAUAUCCGACGCGGUCAACUUCACCAGGCCUGCCAACAAGGCGAUCUUCGUUGCCAAUGCUAAAGGAAUGGUUACUCUGGAAGAAGUCACCCUGUCCGUCAAGCCGUGGAUCGAGGCAGCUGGCUUUUCUGACACGCAGUGGAAG